UCUCUCUCAAUGCGCGUGGCCCUUUGGGCCUUAUGUGCCCUCCCCGUCUUUGCUCAAGCCGCUCUCUACUACCCUCGCCAAAACAAUGGCACUGAAUCUGUCUCAUCUUCCUCCCAACCUUCCCGCUCUUCAGUGAGCAGCACUCUUCCAUCCUCCAAACCAUUACCCUCUUCAUCCACCACGACCCCUCGUUCGUCUACAACAACUUCAAGCACCCCAGUCACCACAACUACAACCACAACCACUAGCAGUGUAAUCAGCAGUAUAUCAUCUUCUCCAGCAUCCAGCUCAGUCUCCAGCAUACCGGCUCGUUCCUCCUCAUCUACUACUCCCGUGACCCUCUCGAAGCCCCCCGCCAUCCAACAAGCUGGCACGAUUGGUAACAAGGACCUUGCAACCACCACAGAAAACCCAGAAGAUCAGCCUUCAGAAUCUGCGACGACCGGCAAGGUCGCUGCCACCUCGAACGGCUUCUGGGCCAACAAAGGUGCGGUGGCCGGUACAUUUACUGUCGUCGCUCUUGUGAUCCUCGCUAUUCUCCUUCUCUUCCUGCGAACUUUUCGCCACCGACAAGAGAGCCGGAAUAGCGCCAGAGACACCUUCUUCGAUACUAAAAGCCCCGUUGUCGAAGACCACCAGCGAUACUCGGCCAGCAUAGUUUCCUUGGGAAAUGAUGCUUUGGAUCCACAUUCUGCCCCAGUUCCUAACUACGGUGGUGCAGACCAUUAUCUCGUGGACACAAACGAGUACAACUAUCCCCCCGGAACGACUUAUAAUAAUAAUGCUGCUCCUCCUCAACAGCAUUAUUACGGUGCUCAUGAACAACAAGAGCCGCAGCAGGACUAUUACGCUGAGCCGGUUACCCCUAACGCUGGACACUAUACCGAUAACACGGCAUAUGCAAAUGCCUACGGUGGCCACACCGACAACGGGGCUUACGAGGCGUACAAUCAAUACUAUUCGGGAGGGCAAACAAACACCUACAGUGUCUCAGCUCCCGAUCGUGGCGCUUCCAUCUCUCCCCACCCUUAUUCCCACCCUUCCCACACCUCUGCAGCGCCCGCCGCCCCCAUGCGACCGUUCGCUGGCCGUGACUCGGCCUUCACACAACAGUCACUCGACUCCUUCUAUGGCGCCGCUGGAACGGCGAUCUAG